UAUCCCCUACUUGCCACAUACAAGGCACUAAAAACGUCGAACACGGAGGAACUGAGAGAAUGGUUGAUGUACUGGUCCAUCCUUUCUACAGUGAUGUUCAUCGAGUCGCUUUCACAUUCCGUCUUAGAGCUGAUUCCGGUAUAUGCAUCGACGAGACUCGUCUUUAACCUUUACCUUCUCCUUCCCAAGGCGAGGGGCCAUCGUCCGUUGUUUGAGUCAUUUCUACGGCCCCUGCUCGAUUCUCAAGAGAAGCCGAUCGAGAGCAUGCUU